AUGGCCCCCAAGCGUCCCAGUGCGGAUGGUCAGCCUGUGGCCAAGGCGAAGCAGGCUAAGAAAGCUGCCAAGGCUAAAGCGCUUCCAGUGUCCGCUCAGGGCCAAGGGGACAGCGCGGCAAGCGCAUUGGCAUUGGCAUCCUCUGCUGGUGUUGGCUUGUCAAUCCCUCCAGAAGCUAUGAAAUGCAACGGAGAAAAUAUCUCUAAGCACUUGGACAAUGUGAGAAUCUUCCGGGAGGAAGCAGCAGCAGCUGACAUUGUGCAAAUGCUGCCGGAACGAGAAGGUUUCGUGCAGAGCUUCAACGAGAAAGACGCGUUGCAGUCGCUGAAACGCGAGCAGCGCUACAUGUCUCGCAUCAAUUUGUUUUGGUUAGACCAUAGCUACUCGUCUUCUCCGCACGUGCCCAUCAACAAAGGAGCAAUUGAGAAAUUGAAGCGUCACUACUUCACGAAGCCUUCUGGUUUGGAGCAGCAUGCAGUGCACGUUGCCAUAUUGCAGGCCGAGCUGGAUGCUGGAACUUUCCCGGCAUUUGGCUGCUGGAAGAGAUUGUCGCCUGAAGAAUCCAUCAUGGCUUGGUUUGAGGCGGCAGCUGCAACAGCUACUUUGAUUCGUGAGGGCGCCAAAGAGUAUGAAAAUGAGUUGCAAGAGUGGUUUCGGCAUUGUCUAUCCACAGUCUGCAUCAUCAAGGUUGUGGAGAACCAGGCGGAGAUUGAGUGGGCCAGUGCUCAGCUCCGAGAAGACAUGGUCCAAAUGGCAGUGCUCCAAAGAACGCCCACGCAGAGAAUUUUCGAUUUGGUAGCAAAGCGUGAGAGCUUGGGAAGCAACUUCACUCCGGAAGCUUUGGUAACCAUGUAUGACAAGAAGCUGAAGUGGAGUUCGGCGGCAGAGAAACUGACCGUUGGCUUCAUCAACCACGCCUGUCUUGUCAUGGACCGUGCCUUGCGUGUGCCCGCUGUCUUGGAUGUGGUCUUGGCAGAAGAAUCCUCGGACAACCCGGUUUGGAAAACGGUCUCCCUCUUGCAAGCCACAGUCUCCAAGACAUCCCGGCCUGACGAGAUAGUAUGGAUUUUCCAGUACAUGAGAGAUGCCAAGCUCGCUGGUUUUUUGCAAGUGGACGGCCUCACGACUAGAUUCCUCACUGGGACUGCCAAAGACCACAACAAGGGGUACAUUGACCUUGUGCUGUUCAAGCUACGCUUCCGGAACUACUUGACAUCGGAGUUUUUGACGACUGAAGGCAAAGAUUUGAAAGAAGCCCAUCGAACAGCUCUGCGAGAGUUGUGCCAAGAUGUGGCAACCUUUCGGCAGAAAGUGGGCUACCCAAACCGCAAGAGUGAUUUGUCUUGGAAAGCGGGGUGGCCAGCAGCCGCAGACGCAGCCCUACAGCUUUUCGAGGACAUUCUAUUCCGGGACACCUUCGACGAGCAUUUGAAGUCUGGCUUGCGAGCCGCAAAGGCUCCUGUGGAUUGCUUGCAAGUUGACAAUCCAUUGGGCGAAAAAUUCACGGAGCUCAAGAACUUGUUGCGCCAAGAGUCCGAAAGCGUCAGGGCUGCAGCAGCUGCGGACACCACUGCGGCAGCAGCGGAGACUGAACAGGAAGGAGUCAGCCCCUUGAAGGACCGCUCGCCGGCUUUCCUAGCUUUCUUGGACAAUGUUCAGGCCAAAAUGGGAGAAAUUAAAAACAAUAUCCUGGAGCUCAUUGCCACGUAUGAAGAGAAAGCCCGCAACCUUUUCGCUUCCAACGUGACGUUGAGCGAGAUCCCCAACUCUGAGACAGAGUUCGCCAAGAUUUUGCAGGGGUCUGCGGCCGCCGCUGUUCGUGGAAGCGGCCCUGCCUGGACCGCAGUGAUUUUGGACCCGGCCCAAUGGGGCGAAGCAAUCACGAGCCCAAACAUCAGAACUCCGCCUUUGAACUUGGUCCUCUUGAAGCAGUUCAUGAAUGCAGUGAUCCAGAAUAGAGACAAGCAGUCCUUGCAAUUGCAAGACAGGAAUAUGGUGGUCUACUUCGAUUGCUUCACUCCUGGCAACACAAGCAAGGUGCUGAGUUCUUUACAGAAUUCUGCAGGCAGCCAAAUCUCCAAGAAUGUCAUGAACGUGUACUUGUCCUAUGAUGAGGAUAGCCUGCGGAAUCGCAGGCAAUAUGUGAAGCACAACUCCACCAUUUUCCAACAAGUCGAGGUGAUGUCGAUUGUAACCCACGACGCCUUCCAGGAUUCCAUGACCUACCGCGCCCGUUUGUACUACAAAGGCAGCAAUCUUGGCAACAAGAUUGGCGACGUUGCUUUGGAUGCCCCUGCUACGCUUUGGAGCUUGCAGCUGAAGGAGAAGCUGGAGGUCUUUGGCAAGUACAGAGUGGCAGUGGGUGGAAGAACGCCAGGCGAAGCUGAAUCCCACCGCGGAGUCUCUACCAGAAAGAUGACAAACGUGGAGCCAGUCUUCUGGCAUUCGCGUCCGCUGUCGCUUUGCUUUGAACUUCUGCAUUCCUACAACAUCACAGCAGUGGUGGAUGUGGGCGCUGCCGAUGGAAACUGGGCCUUGGCGUGCUGUUUGAAAAGAUGCCCCUAUCAUGGCUUCUGUCUCACAGAGACACAUUUGAACAUGGUGACAGAAAGGGUGGUCUGCGAACUUCUUUUGAAGAUGUUGAACAGCAGCGAAACGAUUUACGAACCGAAGUUUGCUGCUUGGGAGGCGACCGUGCAAAUCAAUGCCGAUCCACCGCAGUCACGGGCAGCCAAACAGGAGGCGGCAGCUCUGGCUCCGGGAACGGCGCCACAGGCUCGAGCGACGGAGGAUCUGGCGCAAGCAGGCUUUGCACCGAAGGCUUGGCAUCCAAGCUUGCUUUCGGCGCAACGCAGGAGGAAAUUCAUCCAGGAGGCCAUAGGCCCUGACUACUUGCACCACGACAUGACCACCAGCGGCUCUCUCCCCACCGCAUUGUGGGAAGAUUGCGACCUUUACGCAGUCGGGUUCCCAUGUCAAUCUUUCAGUUUGGCAGGGAAAAAACAGGGUGUCCAGGACCCCCGGGGUCAGCUGAUGGCGCAUGUCCUUGCGCAAAUUCAACGGCACAAGCCGAAAUCCUUUCUGGUUGAGAACGUUUUGGGUUUGAUGCAGCUCUUCCCAAAGCAAUUCAAUCUGCUCGUGGAAACUCUGCGUGCGUUGCGCGAUUCCUCCAACCAACUUUGCUACAACGUCUACUGGUCAGUCAUGUCGACCCAAGAACAUGGAGGCCUGUGUCAGCAUCGAGAACGGAUUUACAUCGUAGGUAUCCGAUGCGACGUCCAAUGCAAAGAUUUCAUGUGGCCAGUGAAAUCCCCGCGCUGCAUGUCUUUGGCUAUUUUAGGCCCUGCUGCCCCGGUGAAACAAGAUUUGCGAAAUCUUGAGAUAGAUCAGAAUGGACGGAAGCUCAACCAAACUGUCCGCCAGAACCUUGCAGCUUUCCACACAAAGGUCGCCGCAAGUAAUGAGCUGAAUGAAGACUGGAUUGUGAAUUGCGGCAACUCCGAAGUCCAUUUCAUGAAGGGCGCCACACCUUGUUUGACAGAAAGCAGGUGCAAAAGCUGGCAUGGCUAUUGGUCCCAAAUGCAUCAGCGAUUUCUGGACCACAAAGACUACUUCCUGCUGCAAGGAAUCCCACCCAAUUCCUACAGCUUCGAUGAAACCAAGCACUCUCCGCAAACGUUGGGGCAAUUGGCUGGGAAUGCAAUGAGUGUUUGUGUAGUGAAGCGGAUAGUGAGAAGAAUCCUGAUUGCCAGAGGUGUGAUGGCGCCGUCAGAACCCUUGGUCCUCUUUUUGAUCAUGGUGAUGACCCGAGAAAAUGAUGAGGAUUGCAUUGAAUUUGUCCGGGAGAGCUGCCGCAAUAUUCUUGCUUUUUGUGGGUGCCGCCCAAGUUUGGAACCUUUGAUGAGCAUGUGGCAAGCAGCCACGACAGCGUUGCUGCGAACCGCGUGGGGGGGUGGACCUGAAGCUCCUAUCCAAACACUUGCGGGCAUUGGCGCCAGUUCCAAACACAAGCCUUUAGCAGCUCUCAAAAAUUGUCCCUACAAGGCUACCAUUCUGCAUGAGCAUGAGUCCUUGGACCAGUUGCUGCGCCGCAUGAUCACCAUAGCUAAAUACGAUGAUGGCUUCAGGGAGUUAGAAAGUGAGCUGUCAGAAGUGCAGCUCCUUUUUCAAGACAUAAUGUUCAUUGUGUCUGCUGCAAAUUAA